CCACCACUCCCGCCAGCCAAGCACAAUGUCCCAUCGGCUUUCUGUUGGGCACGUCUUUUUUGCUUUGGUUGCUUGUCUUUUCUGUCUUUCUCCAUUCAUCCACACCCCCUCUUCCCCCCCUCCCUUCUUUUUUUUGUGGGAUACUAUAUAUACCAGAGUGGACCAGCUGCUCUACUUCCCCAGCUUUCUCCUUCUACCUCUCUGUCUUUUUGUAUUCUCUUCCUCUUUUUUCAUAUCCUCUACCAAAAAAACACAGUUGUAUCAGGACAGCUUCUUGUUUCUUGAUUGUAAUUCCCUACUUCUUAUAUACCCGUGGAAAGUUUACGUCCCAUUUCCACCAUCAUCAUGGCUACCAUCACCGCCGACCUCACCACCCCCGCCACCGGCGCCUACAAGCAGCCCAUUGGUCUCUUCAUCAACAACGAAUGGGUUGAGGGUGUCGACAAGCAAAAGUUUGAAGUCGUCAACCCCGCCACCGAAGAGGUCAUCACCUCUGUCUGCGAGGCCACCGAAAAGGACGUCGACAUUGCCGUCGCCGCUGCCCGCAAGGCCUUUGACUCGGAAUGGCGCACCACUCCCCCCGCCACCCGCGCCAAGCUCCUCAACAAGCUCGCCGACAUUGCUGAGCAAAACAUUGACCUCCUCGCUGCCGUCGAAUCUCUCGACAACGGCAAGUCCAUCACCAUGGCCAAGGGCGAUGUUGGUGCCGUGGUUGCCUGCAUCCGCUACUACGCCGGCUGGGCCGACAAGAUUGAGGGCAAGACCAUUGACAUUGACCCCGAGAUGCUCACCUACACCCGCCGCGAACCCCUCGGUGUCUGCGGUCAGAUCAUCCCCUGGAACUUCCCUCUUCUCAUGCUUGCCUGGAAGAUUGGCCCUGCCCUGGCCACUGGUAACGUCAUUGUCAUGAAGACUGCUGAGCAGACCCCUCUCUCUGCCCUCGUCUUUGCCCAGUACGUCAAGGAGGCUGGCUUCCCCGCCGGUGUCUUCAACCUGCUCUCUGGUUUCGGCAAGACUGCCGGUGCCGCCAUUGCCUCCCACAUGGACGUCGACAAGGUCGCCUUCACUGGUUCCACCGUUGUCGGCCGUGCCAUCAUGAAGGCCGCCGCCGCCUCCAACUUGAAGAAGGUUACUCUCGAGCUUGGUGGCAAGUCCCCCAACAUUGUCUUCAGCGAUGCCGACAUUGAUCAAGCCAUCUCUUGGGUCAACUUUGGCAUCUACUUCAACCACGGCCAGUGCUGCUGCGCCGGUACCCGUAUCUUUGUCCAGGAGAACAUCUACGACAAGUUCCUCGAGGCCUUCAAGGCCCGUGCCCUCAAGAACAAGGUCGGCGACCCCUUCGAGGCCGACACUUUCCAGGGUCCCCAGGUCUCCAAGCUCCAGUACGACCGCAUCAUGGGCUACAUCCAGUCUGGUAAGGACGAGGGCGCCACUGUCGAGAUUGGUGGCGAGCGCCACGGCGACAAGGGUUACUUCAUCCAGCCUACCAUCUUCUCCAAUGUCCGCCCUGACAUGAAGAUCAUGCAGGAGGAGAUCUUUGGCCCCGUCUGCGCCAUCUCCAAGUUCAAGGACGAGGCUGAGGCCAUCAAGCUCGGCAACGACACCUCGUACGGUCUCGCCGCCGCCGUCCACACCAGCAACAUCAACACCGCCAUCCGCGUCUCCAACGCCCUCCGUGCCGGUACCGUCUGGGUCAACUGCUACAACUGGCUCCACACCGCCCUUCCCUUUGGUGGCUUCAAGGAGUCUGGUAUCGGCCGUGAGCUCGGCGAGGCUGCCCUUGCCAACUACACCGAGACCAAGUCGGUUGCCAUCCGCACUGGUGGCCCCCUCUUUGGUUAAACAGUUUCUUGCAAGGCUACAGCUUCGGCCGCUGCAGUAUGCAAACUGAACCACAAACAAAGUAAAAUGACAAUACAACAAAAAAAAGAAAAACGCAAAUGACAAUAGUCAGCGACUUGGCUGUUGUUGGUAGUUGUCCCUUCUGCGCAAGGUAUCUCUACUUGUGUGCCUUUUAUAUAUUGAGCUUUAUGCGUCUAUGUAGUAAUGAAAUGAGAAUGGAUUUAAACCACGCUGUUAUUGUCUCCUCCACUCCACUGUGUUUAUAUUGUCGUAGUAGAACCACGAGUUUUGCCAGAAUGAGAAUGGCGUCUUUUUUUUUCUUUUUUUUAUGUAAUUGUUAGUUUGAUCUUAAUAAGACAUGAUAAUGCUAUGUGCAAGCAAGCAUGAAAACAAACAAGCAUCUGCUUGCAAAGGAAUACCCUACUAGUUGGUAUCGUUCUAAUAAUACAAUUUGUCCCUCUUCCACCCCCUCCUCAUCCUCCUUUGCCGUCAUGAAAUAGAAUAAAAAAACGCGAUGCCAACACCGAUAACAAACACCAAAAACUUUUUGUUGCACAGAAACAGGCCAUAUAAAAACUCCGCCACAUGUGAAUGAAUGAUUUGCCAUAUUCCCCUCCUCUUCUUAAACUUCGCUCACAUCUGCGUCUUCAGAUUUCGUCAACUCAUACUCUUUCAACCAAGCUCCCAGCUCUCACCCCACAGCUCAUUCAGAUUAAUACCCAGCAACUCGAGACUCGGAUCGAGAUUAAACGGCUGCGUCUGGUCAUUGCUCAUCAGCCACGCGGCGGACGCGGGAUCCAAUGGUGCCGACGGAAUGGCCGGGGCAAACGCAAACGCCGUCGACGGCCCUCCCUUGGCAACGCGGUCUGCCACGUCGAGGGGCAAACUAGGUCCCGAUACGCCCGCGGGCAUGACGGCCAGCGGUACAUGGCUAAUAGCGCCAUGCUGUUGCUGUUGGUUUUGCUGGUUUUGCUGGUUGGCAAGCAUGCGGUGGUGGAGGUUGACAAAGCGCUCUGCGGAGCUCGACUUGGCCGUCUCGGCGUCCUUGGUGCCCAGAUGGGCCUCGAGCAGGCCGAGGGCGGCGCACAUGAUGGAGUAUCCCCAGGGCUCGUUGUUGCCGCAGCGCAGCAGCCGGUCUUCUUUCAUGGCGAUGCACUUUUCAAUCAGCUUGAGCGUGUGGUGGGAGUUGAUCAUGAUCAUGUUGGUUGAGCCGCGGGGUUGUAGCAUGGUGACGCUGCAUAGGUUGAUGGCGGUGGUGAGGGCGUCUUCGCGCAGGAAGUUUAGGGAUCGGAUGCCCUGUUCGUAGAGUUUGUCGUGGAGGAGCACGAUGUCGCGUGCGGCGUUGUAGUAGAUAAUCUCCGAGUACUGGUACUUGGAGUUUUGCUUGCGGAGUUUCAGGUACGGCUGGUGCAGCGGGAUAAUGUACUGCCGCAGUUGUACGUGCAGAAGUGUAUACGCCACCAUGGGGUUCUUCUUGGUGGUUGGGUCGACGUUGGUGUCCCACGACGGUAGUGCGUCGAUUUCCUGCGUCAGGUCGUUGGUGUAGCGAAUUACUUGGUCGUAGUCAAUCUCGGAUGUUGGGCCGGUCAGCAGCCGGCUCAGCUCUAGACGUAGUGGAAGACUCUGGCGCGAGAGGUUCUGGAAGGACGAAAAUGUGUACUCCUUGGGCGGCUUGGAUGCCGGGACGGUGGUGGUAGUCUCGGCAAAGUCCUCGUCGUCGAGGUUGCGCGGCGGGUUCACGUCGUAGUGUAGCUGGCUGAGCAGCGACGGCAGGCCGUGGUCAAAGGACGCCUGCAUGUCGAACUCUUGAAUGGUGGUCCAGAUGCGGCGGCGCAUCUCUUGGUUGUAGAUGGUGAUCUUGUUGGCCAUGUGGCUGGGCUCGCGGUGCAGACCAACCGCAAUGCCGUCCUGGACGAGAGCGCCAGAGUUGGUCCAGAAGCGCUUCUUCUUGAAUGUGUUGACACGCUUGGCCAGGUACUGCAUGCACGCAAUCUGGUAGUGGAUGAGCCGGCGGUGCUUCUGGCUCUGCUUCGACUGCCACUCGUCGACAGUGCGAAUCCACUUCUCGGCCCAGUGUCGCGCAUUGGACAUCAUGCCGAUAAACUUCAUGUUGUCGUAUGUGUGCACGCAGCUGGCCACGGCAAGCAUCGACAGGAUGAGUGUUGUAAAGGCUGCAUAGCGGUUGGUGCUCGACGGCUUCCAGUAGUCUUCGUACUCCUUUCUAAACGUGGGGAUGUGCACAAUGCGGUGAAUCUGUUCAAAUUGGCUGAGAUAGACCUCCACAAGCGCAUCCGCCUCCUCUUUGGGCGGCAAUAGCGCCUCGAGGGCUGGGUCGCGCUGAUCAAAGAGAAUCUCGCGCUCUUCCUGGCGCCGCUUACGGUCCUUUCUAUCAUGAAUAAUGACGGGUCGCAGCCACUCGUCGGCCGUCUCUCGCAGGAACGGGCAGAGACCCGUCAGUUCAACAAAGGCCAUGCUAGCAUUAUGCGGGCCAAAGUAUCGUGUGCGGAAGCCCUUGCCGCGGAAGAACCGGAGCUCGACUUUUUCGUCGGAUGCAUUGGUCGCGGCAAUGACUUCUUGGACUUCGGGGCGAAUGACGUCUCCAUCGGCGGCAUUCUCUUCCUUUUGCGUAGCCGGUGAGCUAGUGGCGGCCACGGUGCUUCCGUCAAACGAGAUGGCGCCGGGCCGUGUGAUGAGGGUUUUGAGCUGCGCAAGCUCGAGCUCGAGACGGCGGAUGCGAUCCUGGUCCUGGCGAGCAAGCUCCGAGUCGCGACUAUGCAGGCCGUCGAUGCCGAAGCGGCGGGAGUCGAGCUGAGCAAACUGCGGCGGGACGCCAGCGGCCGCGUUGACGACCUCGCCGCUGCGUGAUUCGUAGCUGCAGCGUUCGGGCGUGCCGCUCUUGAUGCAGCGCUCGCAGGGGAAGCCGCGGUCGCAGGAGAGUUUGCGGCGACGGCACUCGAGGCAGCUGAGGCGGACUCGCUGGCGCUUGCGGGCUGGGGCGUUGUCGCCGUCGUUGUCGUGGUGGUCGCCUGAGCCAGCGUCGGACUCGGGGCUUCGACUUCGAGUGCUCAUGAUGAUGGUAUGGUUUUAAAUAGUGAUUUGGUUUGGCCGUCGGUUCGGUCGGGGUUACGACGCUGCGUCGGAGAGUGAAACAACCAUGAAGUGGUGGCCGGGGGGAAGCGGGGGAAAAGCAGUGACAGGAAAAACCACUUGGCUUGUCAAGUUAUCAAUCAGAUCUGAUAAAGAAUAUCGGUGCUAAGGGCCAAAAAAAACCGCCGUGAGCAGCGUUGGUGAUAAUUCCGAGGAUAAGUCCGAGGGGGAAGUUUGGUGGGAAAAGUGCAAGUUUUGGUGCGAGCGAGCGCUGAGUCAUGGGUGGGCCGCCAAGGUGACGUCUGCAACGGCCUCGGUCUCCGAGAGGGGGAUUCAGCAGGUUACGACGCCAGCUUGCUGCUGAGAAGGGCUUUAGUGGGAAAAAAAAAAAGACAGAAAAAAGGAAAAAGGAGGCUCUGCCGGCUAUACAAUUGGAGGGGUCCAUGCAAGCAAAGAA